AUGAACUCACUCAUGCACUCUCCCAUCUCCGGCAGCAUGCACUACUCUCGCAUCACGUCCGUUACCGAGGCCGCUAUCGCAAGCUUCGACAGCAAUCUCCAGUACUGCAAAGACCAGCUUGCGACUGUCGAUUACGUCGAGCUCACUGGCAACGUCGACGUGCGCUUUGGCAGCGAGAUGGCAGCGAGCUUCUUCGCACAUCAGCUCGGCCUUGAGUUUGGUCGCAGCGUUGCUGUCUAUACCGGCAAUGACGGUCGUCAUUCAGUUGUCCGAUUCGCCCCUGAGCAAGACUUGGGUGUUCCUGCUUUCCCGUUGAGCCCAGAACCUUUGUCUUUCACUUCGACCUCCACCGAGACUGAGCAACCUGCAACGACCAGCACCACCGCUUCCAGUAUCCGAAAAGGCCCUCCUCGCCCAAUGAACUGCUGGAUGCUUUAUCGGGACACGAGGCACAAACAGCUCAAGGAUCAGUUCCCGCAUCUGACUGUCCAACAGAUAUCCACUCUCUGUUCCGACGACUGGAAGAAGCUUUCUCCGGCCGAGAAAGACGAGUGGCGAGCGCGCGCCAAAGACGCGAAAGAAGAGCACCAUCGCAUGUAUCCGGACUACAAGUACGCCCCUCGCAAGCCCGGUCAGAAGAAGAAGCGCCAAUCCCGAAAAGCUGCACAAGCUGCUAUGGCAGCGACUGUUCCAGCAAACAUUACCCUGCAAGGCGAGAUUCACCUGCCCUCCCCGAUGGAUGUUUCAACAAUGGACUUCACACAAGUCGACAAUUUUGGUACUGCUUCUGACGAUAUAGCGUUAAUCAUCCAUGACAGUCUCUCCGGCGGCGCAGUUCAACCAGUCGAGGCCGGUGAUGCAUCGUCACGACAAGAACCGCCAUUCCACGACAAUGAGAUUGCUAGACAGGAUAUGCUUGACAUCGAACUCGGUUCCAGCUUCGGCUUUGGUUCUCUGGAUCUCUUCGGCGACGAAGCCUUCGCAUUCCGAGAUGGAGCAGACGCGAGCGCCACCUUGCCUUCUUUCUCGUCAGAAAUGUUCUAA